UCCGGGCUCAGCGGUGACACUCGGAGCGAACACACACUCCCCGCUCGGAGCCGCCAGACAGCGGAGCGAACCGAGCCGCGCGCCGGCAUCGUCCCGCCGCCCGGCGCCCGCACGCCCCCCGCCUUUUCAAAGGCCCUCCUGCCGCUCCCAGCUCCGCCCGGGACUCCCCGGCCCGCGCGGCUCCCGGCUUCGCUUCGCGGCCACUUCGGCGGCCGCCCGCUGCGCGCCCUCGCCCGCCUUUGAAGUUUGCUGUGCCGGCCGCAAAGUUGGGACGCUUCGGCCGACGGAAUUUUUCGCUUCUCCCCGCUCCGCCCCCGCCCUCCGGUCGCCCGGUUCCCGGACGCCGGCGCCGGGCUGCUCCCGCCGCACCUCGGGGCGGCCGCUCUCCGCCUCCCCCGGGAGGCCGGACGGAUCUCUGAGGAUGGCGCUGCUCCGCUGCUGUCUGCUGUGGCUCCUCCUGCCCAUCGGCUGCGGGACCCAGAAGUUGCCCACGCGAGACGAGGAGCUGUUCCAGAUGCAGAUCCGGGACAAGGCGUUUUUCCAUGAUUCGUCAGUCAUUCCAGACGGGGCUGAAAUCAGCAGUUAUCUCUUUAGAGAUACGCUUAAAAGGUAUUUCUUUGUGGUUGAAGAAGACAACACCCCGCUGUCGGUCACGGUGACACCCUGCGACGUGCCCUUGGAGUGGAAGCUGAGCCUGCAGGAGCUGCCCGAGGAGACGAGCGGAGAGGGCUCAGAUACGGCAAACAAACCUCCGCAAACCACUUCCCAGAAAGCAUGGGUCCCAUAUGGCUGGACGAUGUCACCUGCUCCGGAAAGGAAACCAGUUUCCUCGACUGUUCCAGGAAGCCCUGGGGGCGGCAUGACUGUGGCCAUCGCAAGGACGUUGGAGUCGCCUGCUACCCUGGCAGCGAGGGACACAGACUUUCUCUGGGUUUUCCUCUCCGACUGGUGUAUGGAGAAAACAAGAAGGAGGGAUGCAUGGAGGUUUUUAUCCAUGGCCAGUGGGGAACCAUCUGCGACGAUGGAUGGAGUGACAAGGAUGCAGCUGUGGUCUGUCGGCAGCUUGGCUUUAAGGGCCCCGCCAGAGCACGAGGCGUGGCUUACUUUGGGGAAGGAGCAGGACCCAUCCACGUGGACAACGUGAAGUGCACAGGACAUGAGAGGUCCUUGGCUGACUGCAUCAAGCAGGACAUCGGAAGACACAACUGCCGCCACAGCGAGGAUGCGGGCGUUAU